GUCAAUCAAGGAACUCUUCUAUAAGAAAGACAUAUUUGAAAUUUCCAAAAAAAAAUGUUCAAAUAUUUAAUUUUUGCCGCGUUUCUCCCGGCUAUCUUUGCCAACACCAACGGUGUUACGAGCUGUUCCGGAAAUCCACCUUUGCCUGCCCAAACUUCCGUCUUAGGAUGCAGCCAAACGCCCUGCAACAUCAAAUUGGGAGAACGUACAGGAAUUGAUAUCGUUUUCCAAGCUCCACGCGACAUUACUAACUUCAGACCAAAAGCUCGUGCCUAUGUACUUGGAAUUGGAAUUGAUCAUGCACUUCCUGAUGACAUAGUCAACGGUGCCUGUGAAAAUCUCUCUGCUGGAGAAUGCCCUAUCCCCGCAGGAACGGUGGUUGAAUACAAUUUCGAACUACUCGUGAGCUCCAGCUACCCACCCACAAAUAACAUCGAUGUCGACAUCUCUCUGAUUGAUCAAAAUGACAACGUAAUUGUCUGCAGUCGCAUUCGCAUUAAUGCCAUCCGGUAAAUUAGACACCUUUUUGCUGAAAAAUCCAAGUGAUAAAGCAACAAAAUGUAUACAUUGAGUGGUAUAGAUUAAAGUGAUACAAUUUUGCAAAAUAAACAUUGGUCUAAAAAAAAUA